CUUGCUUGAGCUUCCACAGCUCUCUCUCUCUCUCUCUCGCAGGAUAAUAUAUAUUCUGAGAGAUCUAUGCUAAACAUUUCCUCUCUGUUUUGUUUCUACAUGUAAUCAUCACUUAUUCAUUUCUAGAUCAUCACUACACUGAUCAAAUCCAAUUCAACACUGUUUUCUUCCCUCAAUUUCAGCUACUCUUUUUCUUUCUUUCUUGCUCUCAUCAUCUUUCACUGCAGAUCUGAGCUCAUGUCAAACAAAUAAAGUGAUAUCAUUUCAGUUGUGAGGAUUGCUAGCUAGUUUAUUAGCUUUUCAAUCUUCUUCGAUCUGCUCGGUUUCUUUCAUUCAUUCAUGUAGACAUCUCGGAUUCUUCCAAAAGUUGUUGCCUUUGUGGUUCGAAGUGUUGUUCGAUUGAGUCUUUUGUGCUUUUUUGUCUGUUAAUACUGGCAAGCGGGCAAGUUCAUUUCUUUGUUUCGAUUAUUUGGUGAACGGUGAUUGAAUGGUAAAAGAGGCAAGGAUGAAUUACUUCCCAGACCAAGUGAUAGAGUACAUCUUCGGCUUCGUCACGAAUCAGAGGGACCGAAACGCCGUGUCGUUGGUGUGCAAAUCGUGGUAUAAGAUAGAGAGAUUCAGCCGGGAGAGAGUGGCCAUUGGGAAUUGCUACGCCAUCAGCCCUGAGAGAGUCAUUUCACGCUUUCCGGGACUCAAGUCUCUUACUUUGAAGGGGAAGCCUCACUUUGCCGACUUCGACUUGGUCCCUCAUGACUGGGGAGGCUCCGUUGACCCUUGGAUUGAAGCCCUCGCUGAUAACCGUGUGGGCUUGGAGGAGCUCAAGCUCAAGAGAAUGGUGGUCUCUGAUGAAACCCUUGAUUUGCUUUCCAGGUCUUUUCUCAAUUUCAAGUCUUUGGUUCUUGUUAGCUGCGAGGGCUUUACCACUGAUGGCCUGGCUGCUGUAGCUGCCAAUUGUAGGUUUAUUAAGGAGCUGGAUCUGCAGGAAAAUGACAUUGAUGAUCAUAGAGGCCAUUGGCUUAGCUGCUUUCCCGAAAGCUGUACCUCUCUAGUAUCCCUGAAUUUUGCAUGCUUGAAAGGAGAAAUCAAUUUAGCUGCUCUCGAGAGACUUGUGGCUAGAUCUCCAAACCUCAAAGUCCUGAGGGUUAAUCGUGCUGUCCCUCCCGACACUCUCCUAAAGUUAUUGAUGCAGUCACCUCAACUCGUUGAUUUGGGCAUUGGCUCUUAUGUUCUAGAUCCUGAUUCUGAGUCCUACAGCAAACUGAAGGCUGCCAUACUUAAAUGUAAAUCAGUUAAGAGCUUGUCAGGGUUGUUAGAGGUUACUUCUUCUUCUCUCCCAGCUUUCUAUCCUAUAUGCUUGAGUUUGACAUCUUUGAACCUUAGCUAUGCUCCUGGAGUUCACGGUAGCGAUCUCAUAAAAUUAAUUCGCAACUGUGGGAGACUUCAACGUUUAUGGAUACUUGAUUGUAUCGGAGAUAAAGGACUAGCUGUAGUAGCUUCAACUUGUAAAGAAUUGCAAGAAUUGAGAGUGUUUCCCUCUGAUCCAUUUGGAGUUGGGCAUGCCGCUGUAACAGAAGAAGGCCUUGUUGCCAUAUCUGCUGGCUGUCCAAAGCUUCAUUCUUUGCUUUACUUCUGCCAGCAGAUGACCAAUGCUGCUCUCUUAACUGUUGCUAAGAACUGCCCUAAUUUCAUACGGUUCAGGUUGGCACUCCUUGAUCCCAUGAAACCUGACCCUGUCACUCUGCAGCCACUAGAUGAAGGUUUUGGGGCAAUUGUUCAGGCAUGCAAAAAGCUUAGGCGGUUGUCACUCUCUGGCCUUUUGACUGACCAUGUUUUCCUUUACAUUGGGAUGUAUGCGGAGCAGCUUGAGAUGCUUUCUAUUGGAUUUGCUGGAAAUAGCGACAAAGGUAUGCUUUAUGUAUUGAAUGGAUGCAAGAAGCUAAGGAAGCUUGAGAUUAGGGACAGCCCGUUCGGUGAUGGGGCACUUCUGAAGGACGUGAGGAAGUAUGAAACAAUGCGAUCCCUUUGGAUGUCGUCCUGUGAAGUAACUCUUGGGGGCUGCAAGACUCUUGCAAUGAACAUGCCGGGCCUUAAUGUGGAGAUCAUAAAUGAAAAUGAUCAGAAGGAAUUGGUUCUCGAUGAUGAGCAAAAAGUUGAGAAGAUGUAUGUCUACCGCACAUUAGAAGGGCCGAGGGAGGAUAAGCCAUGGUUUGUCUGGACUUUGUAGCUGCCUGCUUCUCUUGUUUAUUUAGACUGUCAAUUUUUUUUUCUUGUUAUAAAGCACUUUGGUUACUUAUUAGCAGAUCAUAAUCCAACAUUUGUAUUAGUGAUAAAAAGUUUGAAUUCGGAUAUUGUAACUUUUGGUGAUAAGAAUAGAUUCAAAUCAGUUGGUUGAUGAUGGAUGAGCGUUCAGUGUCAUUAUCUUAUUUUUUAGGAAGAUUGAACAA